CUCUCAGCAUUUUAUGUCCCUCUCUUGUACAAGUUGCGUUCUCUUGUAGAGUUGUGGGGUUGCGGUUUAACCGUUUUGCCGGUUGUCGCCUCGAUGCUCUUCAAUAAAUAGGGUUUUAGCCGCCGCAAUGGCGGGCGGCGGAGUGUGGAGAGGCUGCAUUCGGGCUAGGUGAAGUCGUUCUUUUCCGAAUGGGAACAUGAAAUCAGGUUUGAAAAAGAGUUGGAAGUCCCUUAUGCCACAUCAAGCAGGUAGAAAAUCAACUACUGGAUUUUGCAUGUUCUUGAACAUGAAAGUUCGUUCAGAUGGUCAAAAAUCAGGGAAUACACCUGUUUAUCUGAACGUAUAUGAUCUGACACCCUUGAAUGGAUACGUUCACUGGGCAGGCCUUGGUAUAUUUCACUCCGGGGUUGAGGUUCAUGGAGUGGAGUAUGCAUUUGGGGCGCUUGAUUGCUCGGCAAGUGGGGUCUUUGAGGUUGAACCUCGACAAUGCCUAGGCUACACGUUUAGGAAGUCUAUAUUUAUUGGAACAACAUGUCUGGAUCCAAUUCAAGCCAGAGUGUUCAUGGAACAUCAGUCUCUAACCUACAGGGGUGAUACUUAUCAUUUAAUUUUUAAUAACUGCAAUCAUUUCUCCAAGGAUAUGUGUUGUAAAUUGACUGGAAACCCAAUUCCAAAAUGGGUGAAUCGGCUUGCUAAGAUAGCUUCCUUCUGUACCUGUCUCCUUCCUGAGGCCCUUGGGGUUUCCGGCAUCCGUAAAGAUUCUAAUGUCGCAGAUGAUGAGAAAAGGAGGCUCAGAAGCUCUUUCACUUCUCUACCUCCAGUAUCUGUGCAUCAGAGGGAGUUAUCUUCUUCCUCUCUGGACUUUCUUCCUCCAUUUGAGUUCAGAAGGUCCAGCCAAAUCCCUAUUAAGGGAAGAUGAAUAUGAGUAAAAUUCUUCCCCAUUAAUCCUCUGGUCUCAGCUGCUGUUGUUUUAUUUACAUUGUAUCAUGUUGUUAUACUAUUCCUCCCUUAAUGAUCCCCUAAAAUUUAGGGUCAAGAUAUUCUGAUCAAAAUUUGAUCAGGGUGGAUUUUAAAAUCAUUGAAUUUAUUUUUUGAUUAGUAUAAGACAAAUCAUUUCAUAUAUUGCACUCAUUUUAAAACUGAUACAAUGAUUUUAGAAUUUAUCUUGAUCAAAAUUUUAUCAACACUAA